AUGGGUUUCUUUCACACAAAGAAAAAACAAGGGAAAAAUACUCAUAUCCCCGAAGACAUGGAUAACAUCUCCAAAAACUGGAAAACUCUUAGUGGAGAAACCAACUGGAAAGGUUUAUUUGAUCCUCCUGGACAGUAUCUCCGUAAUUACAUCAUCCACUAUGGCGAAAUGGCUCAAGCCACUUACGAUGCUUUCAACUCCGUUAAAGUAUCAAAGUAUGCUGGAAGUAGUCGAUAUGCCAUAACCAAUUUGUUGUCACGGGUAGGGAUUAGUCAAGGUCGCCCAUUGAAUAAGUAUCAUGUAAUUAAAUACUUAUAUGCAACGUCUUCUAUAGCUCUUCCUAAUGCAUUCAUUGUCAAGUCAUUGUCGAGGGAGACAUGGAGUAAGGGAUCGAACUGGAUGGGCUUUGUAGUAGUUGCUACAGACGAAGGGAAGGUGACGUUAGGGAGGAGAGACAUUCUGAUUACUUAG